GACAGUAGCGCCGCCCGUGGUCACACCGCCAACCACGCCGGACGGCGAGCGGUUCCCCUGGGACAGCGUGCGCCUUCCGGACACGGUGGCGCCGUACGACUACAGGCUGCUGCUGCACCCGAACCUCACGACACGUGGCGUGGUCGGUCUGGUCCACAUAGAUUUCACGGCCGUCAAGGAAACAAGCUUCAUCGUCCUUCACUCCCGCAACAUGUCAAUCACGGAGAAAUCCCUCCGCAAGGUGGACGACUCGGCCAACAUAUCCCUGUCUAAGCUGCUGCUGUAUCCCCGGAGAGACCAGAUGUACCUGGAAGUCAAUGAGCCUCUCGUCCAAGGGCAGAACUACUCUCUUUUCUUGAAAUUUUCCUAUACGUUGAAGGAGACCUUGGAAGGGUUUUAUCUCAGCCACUACGUCACUCCCAGUGGUGCCAAAAGAUAUCUGGCGACCACGCAGUUCGAGCCGAACGCGGCGCGUGCCGCGUUCCCGUGCCUGGACGAGCCGCAGCUCAAGGCCAGCUUCCGGCUGUCGAUGGUGCGCCACCAGGAGCACACUGCCCUCUUCAACACACCCCUUCGGCACACGGAGGACCUCGGCUUCUACCUGGGCGCGGGCAUAAAAAGGGACGACUUUUAUCCGUCGGUGCGCAUGUCCACCUACCUGGUGGCCUUCAUUGUCAGCGACUACACCCACAUAUCGGCCACGGCCGACAACGACGUGGUGGUGUCGGUGUGGGCGCCGCCUCACCUGGUCCAGCAGGGACAGUUUGCACGCGAGGUGGCCGUCAGCUGCCUCAACUUCUACGGCGACUACUUCGGCAUACCAUUCCAGCUGCCCAAGAUCGACCUGGUUGCCGUGCCUGACUUCGGAGGCGGCGCCAUGGAGAACUGGGGUCUGGUCACGUUUCGCGAUACCAGCCUGCUGUACGACUCGACCCAGAGCAGCAGCGCCCUCAAGGAGUGGGUCACGGUCGUGGUGGCCCACGAGCUGGCACAUCAGUGGUUCGGUAAUCUGGUGACCAUGGAGUGGUGGAACGACCUGUGGCUGAACGAGGGAUUCGCCACGCUGAUGGAGUACAUCGGCGCGGGGAACGCCAAGCCCGACUUCCACAUGUCGCAGCAGUUUAUCCUGAAGACGACCCUAACCGCGUUGACGCUGGAUAGUCUGCGGAACUCGCACCCCAUCUCAGUGCCGGUCACCGACCCCGAAGAGAUCGAGUCCAUCUUCGAUGUCAUCUCGUACAGCAAGGGCGCCGCGCUCCUCUACAUGCUGAUGAAGGAGAUCGGCCAGACGGUGUUCAAGGCGGGCCUGCACCGCUACCUGAACCGGCACAUGUUCGGAAACACGCGGACCGAUGACCUAUGGGCGGCCAUCCAGGAGGCCAGCCAGGAGAUCAGCCCCUCUGACCCGGCCGCCGGAAGCCAGGUCACUGACAUCAAGGCCAUGAUGGACUCGUGGACGCUGCAGAAGGGCUACCCGCUGAUACAGGCCCGGCUAGAGGACGGCCGGCUGACCCUGCGCCAAACGCCGUUCGUGAUGCUCUCCAACGGCUCGGAGUCGGCCGGCGCGGCGCCGACUCGCUGGCACGUGCCGGUCCGCUGCCGCCUCCACCGCCUCGACGGCGUCCUGUCCGUCCGGCUCGACAUGGUCGAGUCCGUCUCGGUGGAGGUACAGUCGGAGCCAGCCUGGUACUACUGCAACGUUAACAAGACGGGCGUGUACCGGGUGAUGUACCCGGCCGAAAACUGGGCGGCGCUGGAGGGUCUGCUGCUCGACGGCUCUGGCCACCUCAGCGUGGAGGACCGCGGCGCGCUCAUCGACGACGCCUUCAGCCUCAACAGGGCGGCGCAGCUGAACGGCACGGUGCCGCUGCGCCUGAGCACCUCGCUGCUGACGGAGCGCGGCCUGGCGCCCUGGUCGGUGGCGGAGCGCCACCUGCGCCACUGGCUGCACCUGGUGUUCGACCUGACCACGCACGCGCAGCUGCAGGCGUUCGCGCGCCGGCUGCUGCUGCCGCGCUACACGGAGCUCGGCUGGAGCGACACGGGCUCGCACCUGGUCAGGCAGCAGCGGACGCUGAUCUUGGCCUGGGCCGUGUCGGUUCGCCUGCCCGAGGCGGUCGCCCGCGCGCGCACCCUGUUCAACGACUGGAAAGCCGGCCUGCAAGUGCCGCCCGACUUCAGGGCGCUCGUUUACGCCACAGGGGUGGAGUACGGCAACGAGAGUGACUGGCAGUUUGUGUGGGGCCGUUACCUGAACGCCUCGACCCCGAGCGAGAAGAAGGCGCUGCUGAUGGCUCUCGGCGCGUCUCAGGACCCGCUCACCAUCGAGAAUCUGCUGCGCCGGAGUCUGGCCGGUGAUAAGGUGCGGACGCAGGAUUUCGCCAGCGUCGUCGAGUCGGUGGCGGCUAACGAGGCGGGCCGGCUGCGACUCUGGCGCUUUGUGCGGCUCCACUGGCCAGAGAUCAUGCAGAAGGUCGGCGUCGGCACCUUCAUGAUGGACAACGUGAUCCAGGAGAUGGUGUCGCGCUUCACCACGCAGCUGGAGCUGGACGAAGUGCGGACCUUCUUCGCCGGCAAAGAGCUGCGCAGCGCCGAGCGUUCGCUCCAGCAGGCCAUCGAGAGUAUUGAGCUGAACGUGCGCUGGCGGCGCCGGUACCGGGCCGACGUCCACCGCUGGCUGCACGAGUGGAACCAGCGUCAGGGCGCGGCCGCCGCCUGAGCCGCGCCUGGUGUCAGCCGGCGGAGACGCCGCCUAUGGGCCCGCCUGUCCUCCCACCUGGUGUCGGCCGGCAAAGAGGGCUGGAGCCUCGGCGCAUUCCAUUCCGUGUGGUUGUCACGACUUUUUGUACAUGGGCGCAGCGGCCGUAUCCUCGCGGGCUCCGACGGCCGUAUCCUGGAGGGCCCCGGCGGCCGUGUCCUCGCGGGCUCCGGCGGCCGUGUCCUCGCGGGCUCCGA